AUCUGUGAUGCAUCCCUUGUACGGAAGGCCAGAAUGUGCAUUUAGAACCUCGUCUUUCUCGCGAAAAAAUCUCUCUUUGUUUUUGUUCCUUUCCCCAUCUCCUGGUCAUUCCUUCGUUGUUGCAGGCCAUCACCCUAAUUCAUUCUCUGUCCAAUUUUCACUCCUUUUUGUUUGUUUGUGUUCUCUAGAAGAACAUCAGUUCAAAAUCAAGAUGCCGGCAAUCCGUUCCUUUUACACCCUCACUGUUUUGGCAGCUUGCCUGGCGCAAGUAUAUGCCGGUGACUACUCAGGUGGUGCUGGUGGUGGUGCUGGUGACCAGGGUUCUUGGAGUGGUGGCGGCGGUGGUGGUAACUACGGCUCCGGAGGAGGUAUGAGCGGAGGUCAGGGAGGCGGCAUGGGAGGAGGCAUGGGAGGAGGCAUGGGUAGCUGGGGUGGCGCCGGUGGUGCCGGCAAGGGUGGCGGACAGAGUUGUCCACCACAACAGAGCUGUCCUGCAUGCCCUGCAGUGCCUCCUGCACCGAGUUGUCCAGAAACGAUGUGCCCACCAGCAGCUGGAGCCAUGACGGAGACAGUUACUGUCACCGCGGCCUCUCCUUGCUCCUCAGCAGUGACCGCAUACGUGACUCAAUGGAUGAACGCACCGCCCGGCUGCUUCUGCGGCUCUGGAAGUCCCCCAGCUUGGAUGAUGACCGCCGCCGCCGCCGCUGCUGUUGGUGGUUCGGGCAACCAGCCCUUGGGAAACGCACCAGUCGCCACCACUGUUGCUGGUGCCUUGACCCCAGGUCUGUCUUCCAUCCCAGCCUCCGAGGCUGUACAGACCGGAGUUACGAUGGCAGGUGGCGCCGCAGCCGCCGCAGCACCACCUCCAGCACCUACUCCCGCCGCCGCCGUCUCUCCAGGUGGCUUCUUUGGUUCGGCAAACAGCGCUUCUACGGCGACAAUGUCUGGUACGGUGACUUCUGGUUCUAGCAGCGUCCCUUCAUCUAACACUUCCGAGGCUAAGGCAGGGGAGGCUACUAAAACAGAAGCCACGACGUCCACGUCCACAAAACCAGCAGCAGCAUCGGUGUCGUCGUCGACCACUACGACGAUAUCCAGAACCGAUGCGACUUUCAAUACCGCCAAAGCAAUUUCACAACCUGAUUCUUCAUCUUCUGAUUCCCCCACGACCACCUCCACAGCCACGUCAAAAGGGUCUCCCGCUUCUUCUUCUUCUCCUUCAUCAUCACCAACAACGACGGUGGUUUCUUCUGCUGCCCAGCAAGAUGGUGCUGGUGGCGGUGGUGCCGCAGGGGCGUUUAGCACCAUCGAUCCGGCGAGCUUGACUCUCAAGAACGCUCUCACGCUCGGUAUUGGGAAACGAGCGCCGGCGCCGACGGGGGUAUCAUGAAACAAAAAAACAAAAAAUCGAGUAUAAAAGAACAAAUGGGUGAUGGUUUGAUGUCGUUUUUUUUAUUACAUAGGACGCCCGCCUUUUCUGUACGCAAGGCCUGGGCCAUGGACACACUUUCUUGGGGGAAACCCGGAGGGUUUUUGGAUGAUACCAAAGAUAUCAAAGAAUCUUUUAUAUAUAUAUAUUCUAAACAGCUUGUAUUCAUGUGGGGAAAAAGGAAUGGUCCAGAGAACAAAACCUUACAGUACUUUUUUUAGAAACUGAGACUGGC